AUGCAUUACAUCCGCCUCUUGCGGCCGCCGGCCCUCUCCACCGACCAACGUGGGGCAUCAUCGGUCCAUGUCGUCCUGACCAUCACCACGGACCUCGGAGACUCCUUUCUCAGCCCUGAAGCCCCCAUCAAGCUGAAAGCAGGCGCCUAUGCAGCUUCAGUUGACGCCAAAGGUGGCAAGCCCCAGCCGUCCGACAUCAAGACCUCUCAGAUUCUUGAAUGGCGACCAGGAACAAGGCGCCCUCAUGUCUCGUUCCGAAGACUACGCAUCGGCAGUGAAGAGGCGCCGUUCUUUGUCCAGGUCGAAGAAGACAUUGGGGAGAGCAUUGCGCGCCAUAUCUGGGACGCCGGCGUUGUCGCGACAUCGAUCCUCCUGGAGAACGGGACGUCCUCUGUGAACAGCGGAACCGUUCCAAAAUUGACGCAGGUGUUGGCCUCUGAUGGCCCUCUCCAUAUUAUGGAGUUGGGUUGCGGUGUGGGCAUUCUGGGUCUAGGCAUCGCGGCUCUACUUUCCGGUCCACAAAGGCAGUCAUCGCAGCUGCUGCUGACAGAUCUUCCCGAGGCUGAGGACAGGACGCAAGCCAACAUUGAUUGUCUCGCAUCAACGUUGCCCAGCGAGGCCCAGAAAAUACCCUCAUUUGAGAGUCUCGACUGGGAGGAUGGGCGAAAGGGCAAGUUUGGCCCACGCGUUCAAGAUAAUUUCUGGCAUCUCAUUGUUUUGAGUGACUGCACAUACAACGUCGACAUGCUACCAGCGUUGGUUGGCACCCUGACGGCGUUGCACGACGCCAACAAGAACCAUGUGCCCGCGGGGGAAAUUGCGACGACGCGUGUUCUGCUUGCAACGAAACCUCGGCACGAAUCGGAGAAGGCCUUGUUUGACCUCAUGUCAAAGGGGGGAUGGUUUGUGGCCGAGCAGGACGUCCUGCCUCUUCCUGUCAUGGGCCAAGAGCCGGAGUCUGUGGAGAUUUAUAUUUUCGAACAGUAA